AUGACGAUUGGAUGUGAUGGGCAGUGUGUCGCCGCAGUCUCCGCCUACGCAGGAUUUGUUGAGAAGGCUGUGUUCACCCUGUGUGCUGUAGCCUUGCUGUAAAGUAAGCGGCAGUAGUCAGCUGGAGAAUCGAGAGGAAUCUGCUGUAAGGGAGAGAAAGGGGUUAGCGAGCGCAGAAGCACAGCUACCAGAAUCAUGGCUACAGCAAAAAUUAAUCCAUGUACUGGCUCUACGCUACUGCAGCCUAUUAGCGAUCUCAUCAACCUCCCCAUAGACCAGGUUAACUUUGUAGUUUGUCAGCUGAUCGCCUUGCUCACAGCAAUUUGGUUCCGACUUUAUCUCCAUCCAAGCAAAACCAGCACUUUUGUCAGACAUUUUGUGGCAACUCUUCUGGGGUUUUAUUUUGCACUGUUUUGCUUUGGGUGGUAUGCCUUACAUUUUGUUUUUCAAAGUGGGAUUACAUACAGCAUCAUGAUCUUUGCAGGAGCGGAGCACAUGCACAAGUACUGUUUUGUGGUUGCUCUGGGGUAUCUCAGUCUUUGCCAGGUCACCCGAGUCUACAUCUUUGAUUAUGGGAUGUAUUCAGCUGACUUCACUGGCCCAAUGAUGAUAAUUACACAGAAGAUCACAAGUCUGGCAUUUGAAAUUCACGAUGGGUUAGCACGGAAAGACGAGCAGCUGACGCCAAGUCAGAGAAGAUUAGCUGUAAGGAAGAUGCCAAGCCUGCUGGAGUAUUUCAGUUACAAUUGCAACUUCAUGGGCAUCCUGGUCGGGCCUACAAGCUCCUACAAGGACUAUAUAGCUUUCAUUGAAGGCACAGCAUAUCACGUGAACAACUCAGAGACCAACGGCAAAGAGAAUGGAAAGUGUAAGCAGAGUGAACCUUCACCGAAGGUGGAAGUGAUUCACAAGCUAGCAGUCUGUGCGAUCUCUCUGCUAGUUUACCUGACUGUCUCAAAACGUUUUUCUGUGGAACGCAACAUUGACGACGCCUUCAUUGCAUCAACGCCGUUUUACACCCGGGUCAUCUACUUGUACUUGUCCAUGCUGACAACCAGACCCAAGUACUAUUUUGCAUGGACACUAGCGGAUGCUAUCAACAAUGCAGCAGGAUUCGGGUUUAAUGGAUACAACAAGGACGGGACGCCUCGCUGGGACCUGGUUUCAAACAUCAGAAUAGCAAACAUUGAGUUUGCCACAAGUUUUAAGAUGUUCCUUGAUAACUGGAAUAUACAGACAGCACUCUGGCUUAAAAGAGUCUGUUACGAGAGAUGUUCCUACAACCCGACAGCAGCAACCUUCUUGCUGUCAGCGAUCUGGCACGGAGUGUAUCCAGGAUAUUACCUGACGUUCUUAACGGGGAUCGUAAUGACGAAAACAGCACGGGCAAUAAGGCACAACGUGAGGCAGUACUUCCUCGGCUCUUCUACACACAAAUUAAUCUAUGAUGUCAUAACAGGGGCAGGGACUCAGAUUGCUAUAAGCUACACAGUGGUACCAUUCGUAUUGCUCUCUGUGCCUCCCUCUCUGAAGUUCUACAAGUCAUGUUACUUCUGCCUGCACAUCAUUUGUUUCUUGGUGAUAACAAUGUUGUCAUUGAAGCCGAGACAAAUACGAGACAAACCGACGGAGAACAGCCUGCACCAGGAGCAUCUGCAGGGAGGACUAGUCGCAAACAAUAGCCAUUCUGCCACAGUCAACAACAGCAACCAGAAACGGAACGCCACAUGAAGAUAUGGACCCUUUCGAUAGAGGACGAGAACACUGGGACAAGUGCAGAAAAAAGUUCUUUUUUUUUUUUUUUUUUUUUAAAAGAAGUUUAGAAAAAAGAAAAAAAAUAUAUAGUAAUAAACCCUUCCAGUAAGUAGCAUUAUGGAGAGGGAUCAUAAUUGCUUGAAGAAAAAAAAAAAUCAAAUGGAGUGAAGCUGACACAGAUAACUGAAAAAAGAGCAACGUGGAACAAUGAAAAUUAAAAUAAUAAAUAAAUAAAAUGAAUAAAUAAAUAAAUAAUAGUAAUGUGGUCUAAUCAAAAGAGCCAGUAUGCCAAAGUAUGCAAAAUGUUUUACAGUUGCCUUAAACCCUCUAUCUACUUAACCGGUUCCCAGAUUGACAUUCGUUUACAGUAUCAUAAGGUUCCUUUGAGUUGGGAUGGCGACAGUAGCAGAGCUCUUCAGGGUCAUACACAAGCAGCAGUCUUUUCUGAAAGCAAACGGCCUCCGGCAGAUAACAGUAUUUAGGGGGUUUUUGUCUGUGUAAAAAUCCAGUAAAACCUCUCCAGUAAAAAAAAAAAAAAAAAAAAAAAAAAACUAUUACUAUUUUUAGUCUUGGCGAAUGUACAUGCCAUUUUGAUUUAAAUCUGUUUUCUGUUCUAAAGCCUAGGUAGUAUCUGUCUUUCUCCUUUUUUCCAUUUCCUCAAAAAUGGAUGUUUAUUACAAACAUGGGUGUGCAACACAGGAGUAUACUGUAUAGUUUUCAUGCCAGUCCUUCCGCUCAUACUUUUUAAGGGCUCAUUAUUAUUAUUUUUUUAAAUCUAUAUAUUAAUUAGUUAUUCUCAGAUUCAGUUUUAAAGUUCAGUGCAGGUUUCUUCACGGUUGUAACAAUUUUAGCUGACCCGAACAAGUGUUGGAGCGAAUGGAGUUUAUCAUGACCCUCCCAUCUUGACCCUAUCAAAAGGCAACCUUCUCUUCCCAUUGACGCUUUCCUGAAAUGUUCAGUCCCAAUGAGAUUAGGUGCUGACGGACUCAAGGGUGCACGUCAGGGGAACGAGGUUGCAGUUUGAUAGGUUGUUCAGUGUCACACAGUGGGGAGUGGGGUCAAGGUAACAUAGUCAGUUGCAGUCUAAUUUGUACAUGUCCAAUGUCAAUUACUUGAGACUGUUUCGACCCAGUUCCCAGUGAAUAGGUAUCCAAAACACAAUAAACACUAUCUGUUUUGGAGCUAUGUAGCAUGCAGUGUCUCCGGAGAAAAACUAAAACAUAUUUAAUGUACACUGAUAUAUACUUUAAGUGAUUACUAAAAAUAGAUACAGUAAUUGUAAUAAAAACAAUAUUAAUAAUAACCCUCAUAGCAUCUGUGGCCCUGUGCACUCUUUACUAGAAGAGUAAACAAAGACUAAUUGGAAAUGGCAUUUCUUGAACUAACCUGCAAUCGAUUUCAUUAACUUGUUUUGUGUUUGUUUUUAUGUUACAUAAAAACUGUGUUGUUUUGGAGGCUGUUUUUUUUUUCAUCCAUAUAAAAGGGAGACAUUAUAUUGCAAAUAGGAUAAACUACUGGUUUUGUUUGCAUUUUUAAAAACCCUUGCAUGCUUUUUUAUGUCGUGAAACAAAGCCUAAGAAUGGAGAGGUGGUGCUAAACCAGAUAAAGGGAGAUUUGCAGAUAGACCUGCUGCAAAUACUCCUCUGCAUGAGGCACAGAGCCAACUAGCAGCAGAAGAACAGUGCACUUCCCGUGUCGUGCAGAUACCUAUAAUGAGAGACGUUCAGUAAUCAUUUUCUACAAGUACUCCCCAGAUAACAUGAGUGAUACUGUAAUAAACUCUAGAACACCGGUGCAAACGAUCUAAGCUUGUGUACAGUAGGAAUAUGUUUUUAGUGUAACACAAAGUUCUAGAUGUUCUGAAUUGACUCAAUCAGCUGUGACAGGAUGGUGCAAAUACAUCAAAACUCACAGCACCACGACUACGAAAAUGUACAGAGUAAGCAAUAUUUAUACUUUAUCUCUCUAUUAGAAGCCAGUUAUAAUUUCAAAAAAUACAAAUCCAGGUUCAUUCCAAUCAAGCUUUUUGACUUGGUUGACUGGCAGCUACCCAGUAGAGUAGUGAGAGGGUCUCAACUGUUGCCCAAGCAAGCUGUUCGCUUCACCGUUUAAGGAAAUGAUAUUACAUGGCAACUUACCUCUCACCAGUCAAAAAUGUUUUUGAGCCCCUCUUAAUAUAAGGAGUGAAACAACCAUUUAAUUUAUUUCCAAGUUGAGAAUUAAUCUAGGUAUUUAUAUAAAGAAAUUAUCAAGGUUUGUAAAAUAUUCUGUUGGUCCACUAUUAUCCUUACUACUUGUCUGAAAUACCGAUUGAAAAAGCUUUUUUCUUUUCUUUUUCAGUGCAUUUUUUUUUACCGUCUGUAUAACAUGUCAGUAGUAGUGCUUCAGAACAUCUAGACUGGUUCCAAGAUUCCGUGUGCUGUUGCUAGGCGAUAAUGACCUUUAUAUUAAAAGUAAUCUGUGCAGGCCCAAAGGGAGAUGCAUUUUUUUGUGGUAAUGUCCAAGUUACAGCUCCAAUAUUACCACACCUUCAAGAGAAUAAGAGCUUAUCAAUGCAAGUUCCUUCAGUAAAAAGUGCCAAACUGUGUGUCUAGUCAGGGUGUGUCCAGUUUAAAGAAAAGAAACUAAGCUGAGAGAAAAAUAUAUCAUUUAUUUACUUACUAAUAGGUAAAGAGAAAAACUAUUUUUUAACACCUAAUGAAAUAGAUUUUCAAUUACAAUUUACUUAGGUUUUUGCACAUUCAGUAAAAUAUUACGCAGUGUUAAUAGACUUGUUAGCCAUGCAGUGCAAGGGCAUGGGAAAUUUAAAUCCCCCCCCCCCCCAAAAAAAAAAAAAUAUAUAUAUAUAUAUAUAUAUAUAUGCGCAUCCGUAGUAAUGUUUUUACAGAUAGCAGGUGCUCCCUUUCUCUUAUACAUCUCUUAUACCAUUCAUGUUCUACAACCAUUCAUGUCCUAUUGUUGCUUACAACAAAAAAAGAAUGAUAAGAGUUUGUUGCAGGGGGUUCAAAUUGUAACAAUUAUUAUUAUUAUUUUUUUUAUUUUUUUGCCAAAAAAUAUUACAUGUGAAUGUGUGAGCUCCUUAUACUAGUUGGAAGUCUUGUGUCUCAAUUUGACUAUCCUGCCAUUUCAUGUAUUUGUUCUGUAUCAUUUGUUACAAAGCCAUGCCAUGUGGGCUCUGUCUGUCAAAAGGGAUUUUUCUGUCUGUCCAUCUGUUUCCAGCCCAGACCCUCCCAGUGUAGAGGCUUCACAGCGUUAUAAGGAGCAGAAGAUUUGUUGCAUGUUUACACCCAGUUUCAAAAUCUGAUCCCCAAGCUCAAUAUUGUAGUAGUUCAAUGUGACUCUCGCUCUCCCAGGAAAUUGCCACUAUUGUAUCUAUAUGUCUGUGUUUCAUUGGUCUAUUACAAUAGACCUCCAAGACCAAGUCCUAACUAAUAAAAACAACACCAUUUGGGUUCAACAAAAAGACUUCAGUAAAGUCCUAGAGAAUAAUAUGGUUGCAGCGUGUUGCUGGAAAUCUUGGGUAUUGUAGGUAGUAUCCUAAUAACCAGCAGUUUACAUUAUGCUUUGUCCUUUUUAAUAAUGCUGAUUUUAUAUAUAUAUAUAUAUAUAUAUAUAUAUAUAUAUAUAUAUAUAUAUAUAUAUAUAUAUAAUGUGUCAUUUCAGUGUUACCGGCCAUGUUUCAACUGUCUUAUACUCUGUUUUUGAAGCUCUUGGCUCAGAUGGUUAGACUUGACAAAGGGGUCUUAUCAGUAAUGUGGUCUCUACAGUGAACCCCCCACCCCCCCAGGUUUGCCAUGUAUAGGGGUUUCCUGUUUCAUACUCUUUUUUUAUAACCAUUUUAAAUGCUCCUCAUUAUCAUUGCACAGUGGAGCUCUUCAUAUUAAAUUUGUACACAUUUUCUACACAUUACUUUCUAGCUACAACUUCACUUCGCUUUUUAAAGAAAACUGUCCAGCACAUGGAGCAUUGUGAGUGUCUAAUACCUACAGACCAACAAGGAGGCACUUCUUUAGUUAUAUUUACUGAACACAGUUUCAAAUUUAAGACAAGAAAAAAAUAGAACUGAACAAUGAUUGGUUAUAGCAGAUAAUACUAAAGCCCAAGUAAUCGUAAAAAAAAAAAGAAAAAGGUUUUUAACCUUUGUUGCAACACCAUUUAGUCAAUCACCAUAACCAGUCCAGGAUACUGUGGUCCUUGUCUGUAGAUUUAUCUUAACCGGUUUCUUGAAAUGUUAAAUAUGGUUUAAUUUUGAAUUUUUGUGACAAGUAUCUGCUGUGACCUGUAACUUAACAGAUGCAGUUAAAAGCACAGCCCUGCUUCACUCUCAUUUGGUUCACAUGGUUUUGACCUUGUUUGCCCAAAGCAAUGACAUCUGGGAGACACUCAUAUAUUCCCUUCUAGUGAUGUGGAUCUCAGUACAUGAUGCAGCCUUCCUUCAUUCUGACAGAGGCUUACUUUAUUGCACCAAUGAAAGCCACACAGUGAGCACAUACGUCUCAUAAAGUGCUUAAUGUUUGCAGAGUAUUCUACUCAUUAGUUCAAUGUGUGUUGAUGCAAUCCGAAAAUAAUCUGAUUGACAGCUGUCAUUGUUUCUGCUGUGCUGUAUGUUUAAUAAAAAAUGUCAAUAUAUUGUUUGAUCCAACCCUUAUAAAUGUAUACACCUUAUUUAAUGGGUAGGGGUUUGCUGUUAAUGAUUAAGAGAUGUGCUCCUGCGGACAUGUGAAGUGAGUUUGAAAAUGUCCUGAGGGGUUGGUAACAGUUAUGUUUCCAGGUUUACGUGUAUAAAAACUUCACAAUGGAGACUUACCAAAUUUGCCUUCCCUGGAUUCAUCUGCCUGCUGGUUUACUGUUUUAAAUUUUUUUUUUUUUUUUUUUUUAUUAUUAUUUUUUUUUUUUAAACAAGUGACAUUUUAAAUCUCAUUUACAAAACUGAUUUUGGUGGUGGUGGUGGUGUGCUCUGAAAUUGUCACUUUGUCAACACUGUGAUGCAUUAAUCACUAUUUUGUACUUCAGGGUAAUAAUGCUUUAUUUGUAACAUUAUAGUGGCUGUUUUAAGGGGCAUUUGUACCUUUUUGUCUAAAUGUUUCAUUUGUAAUCCGGAAGCGUUUGUCAGUGUGUGUGUGUGUGUGUGGGUGUGUGUGUGUGUUUCUUGGCAGUGCUGAUUAAAACAGCAGAUUAAAAUGAGUAAACCUGG